GCCGCAGCUGAUGCAGAAGUGAAAGCAGCGCUGGGGAAGGCAGAGCGGAUGGAAGCGCCGCCGCUGCUCCCCCGGGUCCUAAAGGGAGUCUCUACCCGGCGAGGCCAGCCCAGCGGCGCCCGCACCCUCCGGAGCGCUUUCCUCCGCUGCAGCCGCCGGGCUGGGCGCCGUUUUCCGGGCGAUGCUCUGCCAGCUGAGCGCUCGCUUCCAGCCUUCCCGGGACGUGGCGCCUUGGCUCGCGGAGCGGGCGGGCCGAGAGGGGAGCGCAGAUGCUGGGGGAAAUCAUUUGGAAACGCCGCAUAUCAUAAACGUGGAAAGAAAUGGAAAUGUUCUUUAUACUUGGAAGGGACCCCAGGAAUGCACCCACAUUGGAUUGUACGAGGAGGAUAAUAAAAAAAACCAGCACCUGUAUACUUUCGAAAAAGACCUGCGUGUGAUCAGCUGCUCAAUCAAUCAUGAAAAGACCUUGUUGGCCAUCAGUUUUCUUCGGACCGUCCAGGAAGAGAAAAGACUCCUAUUUCAAACAGUUCCUAAAUGUCUGACCUUGCUCAUUGAAAUUCACCCGCUUAAUAAUGUGAAAGUUUUGAAGGCUGUGGAUAGCUGGGUCAGAGUACAAUUUCUAUAUCCCGUUGCAGAUGAAACCUCGUUGUCAAGUAGUUGCCUCCUACUCAUUUCAGAAGAUAAAUAUGCUGAAAAAUUGGACGUCAGAACUGUCAAAGAAGGAGACCGGGUGACGAUUGAAACUUCGAGCCGGCUUUCGAAGGAGAGAAUUGUCGAUGAUCUGAUUUGGUCCCAGUGGGACAUGCGAGAACAAAGACUCUUCUAUAUUGUCACAAAGGAAGAACGGGACACAUUAAAUUGCAUCCAAUUUUACCCCAAUAAAGACUUUAAACUAAUACUCGAAGCACCUUUAGAGAUUUCUGUGGCUGACAUAAGAUUAAAAUCUGUGAACUUGAAUUAUAGCUGUUAUCAAGACCAAGAAGUUACACCCAAGUCUUUGGAUGUGCAUAUUUUUACCAGCGACACAGGAAGCUUGUGUUUGUGUUACAGCCUGGCCACUACAAAUGCCAAAGAAGUGACAUAUUCUGUAGCUUUCCUACACAAAGGCUAUAGUAAAACAUAUACUAGCACUUUAGAGGAAAUGGAUUCUCUACACAUGAAGAAGGAGCUGGUUUUUUUGGAUCUUGGCUGUUACGUGGCUGUGUACUUACCUGGACAGUUCCUACAUCUUCUGAAUACUCAGCACCCUGACCUCAUGUGCCACAGUUUCUUUCUAACAGGUGAAGAUGCAGAAAUCAAUCAACUGAACGCUGACGCCGUCUUUUCCCCGGCCAAAUCGAGCAUAUGGGAUCGCAGCACGGGAAAAAUAUUUGCUGUGGAAAUGAACCCAAAGGCCUUGCUCCAAUUCCUGUGGAAGAGCGAGUCGGAUAAUGACAAAUUAGCAGCCUUGCACUGUCUCCUUCUGCAUGUGGGAAGCACGAUGGAGUUAGAAAACCAGAUCAUCCACUGGAUUUCCGACAACGUGUCGGCUUGUUUUGCAUUUGAUCCCAUACAGGAACUAAUCAUUGCUUCUUUACACUGGAAAAUGUACUUGGAAUCCGGCAGCCUGGAUAAGCUUUUACCGUACACGUCACUGCUGAACUGGAAGAAGGAUAUUCCUGGAAUUCGGUGUACAACAUACAUUAUCUCAUUACCCUCUUUAAAGGUGCGAAACUGCAAAGGCUUCUGGGAAAAGUUGAAUUUGAACCUGGAAUACGUGAAAUGUGUCGAAACCCCCUUGCAUUUCAGCCACACAGUGCUGAAGAGGGAAUGGGAUAAACUGCUUUCCGAGGAGAAGACUGCAUCCAGGACUUCUUACGUCAAAAGCAUAUUUGAAAACACGAAAAAGGUGCUUUCCAGUUUGCCCAGGUGGGAAACAGAAGAAAGAAUAGCUCCUCUCUUUCAAGAUGAGGAUUACCACCAACGCUUGCUAACAGGAUUGAUGGUGGCACAGUUGAAAGAGCACCUCCUGAGACCCUUGCAGUAUGUCGGCAGAAAGAAGAUAGAUCAAAUAGCGGUGGAUUACGUUUCGAAACUGCUGGACCUAAUUUGUCGGAUGUUGGAAAACAUUUGGAGGAAAUACAGUCUUCGCUCCUUGUCCUGUUCCUUCAGGCAACCAGAGGAAGCCAAUGAGGUCAUCGUGUUCCGUAUCAUGUGUCAGAUUCUGCAGGCAGCCGGUGGGAUGUGUCUGCCUUUGCCCCCAGGAUUCCACACUCUGCACCUGGAGGUGGGGAUGAGGUGCUUCCCUUUGCACACCGUCCUGCAGUACAUCGACCACGGAGUUCUGCACCUAACAGAAAAGUACGUCCUGAAUCUUUGGAAAGAGUUAGACGACACUGAAAAGAACGUGAAGCUCAAGCUGAGUAUCCUUACAAGGCUUCCCCAGGCAAUUGGUUGCAAGGUGUGUCAGCUGUGGACCCAUUCUUUAAGCACAGCUGUUAUUGCGAGGAACUAUGUGAAACUCUUAUUUGAGAAACUCAGCAACGAACAGUAUAAUAUACCAUUUAUGGACAGAAUACCCACCCAAAUUGAGUUUCUCCCACUCAACUAUUUGAUGGCUAUCAUCACAGAGAUGGAACGUCAAGGAUGGACAGCUUCUAUGGAAGACACCAACAUGAACGCAAGAUUGGUUGAAGAGGUGACCCUGAAACACACUACAAUGUUCUUGGAUCUUUAACUUAUUUCAUUAGCAAGACAAAAUUAUGAAUCCAGGAGCUUCAGAAUGUUGCUGGGCCUCGUAACAUCUGCACAACAUCUGCAAUCCAGAGAAGAGACGGGUAUGAAGCUCUUAACAGGAUGCCCAAAAGAAAUAUCACAACUUUGGUUUACUGCUGACCAGAAUUCGUUAUAACUUUUAAAAAUGGCUCAGUGAUUCUGCAAAUGGUUCUGAAGACAAAAUAUUUUAAAUUCGGGUGGUGCUAAAUUUUCAUUUUCAAACCAGUUCCCUCUCCUGGAAGGAGUGGCCUGUUCCAAUGAUGAAGAAAUAUUUUUCUGAAUUAGAAAAAGGGUAUUUUGGAAUUCAGAAUAGCCCAAGCUAUUGGGGUUUGUUUUUUUGCAUCAAUGUAAAUAGGUGGACUGGAAUAUUCCGAAAUAAAUUUUUAUAAUCCGAUAUUCAAACGGAUGGGAGGUCGUCUCACUGUAACAUUACAAGAAUAAAACUGAAUCUGACUUCAGCGUAGUAUUUAUUAUUAAUAGGAUAUUGUGCUGCUGAGCCCCCGAAGCAAUUGCGGUUCUGAGUAAAUUACAAAAUUAGGAUUAAAUAGAGGGAAUGUCGGAGUGAAACACACGGACGUUAGCUUUUAAAUUCUUACUUACAACAUUGGAUAAUAUAAUGGACCGAUAAGGAGGUGGCAGCUAUCGUAUUAUGUAUAUAUGAGAUACACCCACAAACAGGGUGCUAUAGAAUAUUGCAGUUGAGAAACCAGAACUUGGAUGUAAAUGGAAAUAAAUGUAUAGAUUUGGAACUGGA